AUGAUACUCGUACUGUGGAGUGUGAUUCUUGGUGGGCUGUUGUCUUGCCCUUACCUGACCACUUCUGUACAGCUACCUGUAAUCUUGUGGCAUGGAAUGGGUGACAGCUGUUAUCACGCAGGAAUACAGGAGCUGGUUAACUUAAUAAGGGAUGUCGGUCUCCAAGUACAGUGUAUUUCUACCGGAAAAGGAGAACUGCAAGACCUGGAAGACACGUAUUUCAAGCCAAUCGACCAGCAAAUCAAUCAAGUCUGCGAUGAAUUAUUGGCAGAUCCAAUGAUGAGUGAGGGAGUUCAUAUGAUCGGCUUGUCUCAAGGGGGCCUGUUUGUUAGAGCAUUGGCUCAAAGAUGUCCAUUCAAAAGACUUGGCUCUAUUAUCUCAAUCGGCGGUCCACAAAUGGGCGUGUUCGGAGUACCAAAAUGCCGUGAUAUGGGUCCUAUAUUCCUUUGUUCCAUGAUGGAAAAGAUUCUUUCGUAUGCUGCUUAUUCUGAUUUUGCCCAAAAACACUUAGUUCAAGCCCAAUACUGGAACAACCCAUUUGAGAUGGACCAAUUUUACGCUAAAUGUCAUUUUCUCACGGAUAUAAAUCAAGAGUUGAGAGUAAACGAAACCUAUCGAUUAAACUUGCGACGAGUGAAAGCACUCGUACUGGUGCGAUUUAUGCAAGACACUGUGUUAGUUCCACACAUCAGCGAGUGGUUCGGAUUCUACGACCGUAACAGUACAACAUCCGUCCAUACUAUGAAAGAAACGAUAUUAUACACAGAAGAUAGACUGGGCCUGAAGGAGUUGGAGAAAUCAAACCGAUUACACCUGCUACAAGUGGACGACGAUCACCUCCGCUUUACCAGGGAAUGGUUUAUGAAGAUUAUUCAACAAUUUCUGAUGGACUCACCAUAA